AUGCAUAAUAUGAUUCAUAUUUUUAUCGUUAUUUUCAUUUUAUUAAUUGUUUUGGGAGAUAGUCAUUUUAUAUCUGGAAGAGGUAAAAUUCAUUUUGAUCGAGGUUUACAUCAUUCACGUCGUUGGGAACGUUGGUGUACACUAGAUAUUGAAUGUGGUCGUGGUUUUUGUCAAGGUUACAUAUGUCAAUGUUAUCGUGGAUAUAUAACAUGGAGAUUUAUGGGUGUUUGUAAUUAUGAACAACGAACUAAAUUAACAGUUUUUCUUCUUUCAUUUUUUACUGGUAUGUUUGGUGUUGAUUGGUUUGUUUUAUCAAGAGGUGAAGCUGGAUAUAUUAUUGCUGGCAUUUUUAAAUUAAUUAUUUCAUUUGGAUGUAUUAUUGGAUGGCCUAUAACUAUUAUUAGUAUAUCGAAAAAAAACUCUAGGUUUUUUACUACAGCUGAAGUCAUUAGUGUUAUUCUUAGUGUUGCAUCAUUUGUAUGGUGGUUAACUGAUUGGAUUAGAAUUUUAGCUGAUGUAUUUUAUGAUGGAUAUGGAGCACCGUUACAACCAUGGGGAGAGUAUUAUUAUUAUGACAGACUUUCAUAUCGUCUGUAA